ACCCUUUGGAAAAUCACUCCUUGCUCACCCUCCUUUUCCUCUUUUUUUGCCCAGCGCAUUCUUCCGCCUGGAGUUAAUGCUGGAAAUGUGUCAAUACAUUGUAUAGUGCUUUUAUUUGUUUGAAGGAACAUAUGUAGCUUUGUCUAAUGAACAUUUUGUGUCGAACUCAGUUAUAAAAACUAAAGCUUGUAACUCUUCUCGUCAACUGCCAACUCCCUUUUUAAAUAACAGUGUAAUUUCUGUGUGUGCUGAUACUGAGGUAUGCAGGCACAGCCCCACUCAGCUGUGACUCUGCCUACUCCUUGCUCAAUUAUCCGGUAAUUACUUGGGCUGUGAAGAGGAACUGGGCUCUGUGAUAUUGCUUGGGUAUGUAAGAGCUUGCCUUCAGAUUGCCAGACUACUUUUGACCAUGGUAGAGGGGGGAAAAUGAAACAGGAGUUUUAGACUUUGAGGACUCAUUAUGGAAGACUCAGAAGGACAUCACUUCAGCUCAGUGGAAGAGGAAACCAGAUACUGGAAGGACUUGGCAAUGAAAUACAAGCAGUGUGCAGAGAACACACAGGAGGAACUGCGUGAGUUCCAAGAGGGGAGCAGAGAGUAUGAGGCUGAGCUGGAGGCUCAGCUGCAGCAGACAGAGUCCAGGAACAGGGAGCUGCUGUCAGAAAACAACCGGCUGCGGAUGGAGCUGGAGUCGGUGAAGGAAAAGAUUGAAAUGCAGCAUUCAGAAGGAUACAGGCAAAUCUCUGCCCUGGAAGAUGACUUGGCACAGACAAGAGCUAUUAAAGAGCAGCUGCAGAAAUACAUUCGAGAGCUCGAGCAAGAAAAUGAUGAUUUGGAAAGAGCAAAAAGAGCCACUAUCAUGUCCCUGGAGGAUUUUGAGCAGCGUUUGAACCAGGCUAUUGAAAGAAAUGCUUUUCUGGAGAGUGAGCUGGAUGAGAAGGAAAACCUUCUGGAGUCUGUGCAGCGCCUGAAAGAUGAAGCUAGAGAUCUACGGCAAGAGCUGGCAGUGCAGCAGAAGCAGGAGAAGCCCAAAACCCCCAUGAGAGCCCCCCUGGAAGCAGAGAGAGCAGACUCUGCGGUGCAGGCCUCCCUGUCUGUGCCCCCCACGCCCGCCCUGCGCCGGACCCCCGCCAGCAUCCCCCCCUCUGGGGGCUGCAGGAGAGGUCUUGAGGACAGUUAUGGUGCAACCCCUCUCACACCAGCUGCAAGAAUAUCUGCACUUAAUAUUGUGGGAGACUUGCUACGAAAAGUGGGGGCCUUGGAGUCCAAACUUGCCUCUUGCCGAAACUUUGUGUAUGACCAGUCUCCAAACAGACCCUCAGUGUCCAUGUACAUGAACAGAGAUGUGCUUGAAACUCGCCUGAGUCCUCAUCAUCCUCUUUGUGACACAGGGUUGGUGAAGCGCCUGGAGUUUGGCUCACGGCCCUCGCACCUUCCAGGACCCGCCAGCCAUCCCCCACAGAGUGUGGUCAAGAUGCUGCUGUGAGCAGCCUGGCUGGCCUGGAGACGGGAGGAGAAACGUGUGUCUCAAACCAGCUUCAACAAGAAUAUCGAGGGGCAGGCAGCCAGCAGUGUCAGGGCGGGGGAGGACUGAGCAAGAAGUCACAACUGGCUCCCAGUGUGGUCUCUGGGCAAGUUCUCUGGGUGACAAAGCCUGACAGAGCAAUGCUGCCCGUGGCAGUGCAGCCUGGCAGUUGCUUCCUGCAUCAGCUGCUGUAAAUAGCUCCUUGAAGCUUGUUGUGACACUGCCAAAGCCAUUGUCCCCCUGCCUGCAGCACAGCAAUGUUCACUGUGCAGCUCCUCGGGCUUUGGCUUUGCUGUUACCACACCACCAGCUCUGGCUGGAGCUCUGCUCUCUGCCGUGGGUGUUGUGUGCUGCAGUCACCCAGACUAAAGGGUGUUUUUAUCUGGAGAAAGCUGUAUUUCUGCAGGAAAGCUGUUCAGCUCCUCGUGGGAUGUUUGCUGACCAGGGUGUUGCUGCACAAAAAUCUGCCUCUGUAGUGGCAAGAUGUUCUGUGAGCCAUGGGUUCUCAUUCAGAACAGCUCGUGGUGAAAGGUGAGACAUGUCUGAUGCUGAGAGUGCUCAGGGAUCCCAGAGCUCAUUGCAUGUAGACAUCAUCUUUUAAAUUUUUUUUUAACCCCAUAGUGGCUGGUGGUUGUAGGAGGCCAAACCUGGUCAAGUUUCUAGUCCUAACAUCUUGAUGGGUGGGUUUUACUGCUUUACAAACCUCCCUUCACUAAGGUGCCUUGGGUGUUAGUGAUUUUUUUUUUUAUUGUUUUACUUUUCUAUAUGAAUGUAUCAGCUGUUACUAAUUUAGAAAUGCUUUUUUAACCUGAACAGCCCUUUAUGCUAGAGAAGUGUAUAUGAGUAGAGAAUUAUUUUCAAAUAAUUUUUCCCCCUGUAGAAUAUUACUGCAUUUGUUUUUUAAAUGGAGUAGAUUCAUUCUGAGUGUUAAUGAAUUUUAUAGAAGCCUGUAUUUCUAAAACUAAUAAUGACUUAACAGUUGUUAUGUUUGUUUUUGGGUUUGAUUUUUUUUUUUGUGGCAGGGGAUGGGGAGAGCUUACUUGACAAAAGAAUACAUAAUUUGGUUUGAUUUUUUGCUUGUUUUUUGUUUUGUUUUUUUUUUAAGGAAGUGCUGUGAAAACAGCCACUUCCUUAAAGGAGGCAUCUUCCUCUAGAAUAUGUAAAUCACAGAUAAUUUCCAUUUCUCAGUCCACCUAUGAAGUUGGUUUAACUGGGGAGCAGAAUAAAGCUUAUUUUGA